UGUCCCGCGCGGCUCGCGACGCCUCGGACGCCCGUCAGUCGCAGCGCGUGCGAGGCGGCGGCCGCGUGACCCGAGUGACCCGCGCUGGGCGCGAUGUUCGCGGCCGCGAGAACCGCAGCGGUGCGUGGGCUGACCCGGCCGCGCCGGCAGCUGCAGCUGGUCCGGCGGCGGCAGCUGCAGACGGCGCCGGCCGCCCAACUGGCGGACCCGCCGACGCUGGACUUCCACGACCCCAAGCAGGUGUUCGAUAGCAAGUCGAUGCCGGAGCUGGUGCGCGCCCUGGCCGUGCUCAAGCUCUGCUCGCUGGACUGGUUCGUCGACAACUCACUGGCGAUCCUGCGGCGGAGCGAGCGCCUGCUGGGGGAGCGACUUCUUCACAGGCUGAUCAGCCCGCUCUACAGCCAAUUCGUGCCCGGCACCAACGAGCGUGACCUGGCUGACGUGGCCGCCCAGCUGCGACGGUCCGGCGUGCGGCUCGUGUUCGCCCACAUGCUCGAGGACGACAUCGGCGAGGGCCAGACGCUGGCCUCGUUCCUGGACGCCAACCUAGCCACCACGCUGCGCCAGUUCGGCAUGGUGCCACGAGAGCAAUUAAAGCGCUCCUAA